UAUAUCCCCGGGACGAUUAUUGAAUCUGUUAAUAUAAACUGUAAUGCAGUGGUUACUGGUGGACGUUCCUUUCAGAAGUAUAAGUAUUGGAGUUUUCAAUAUAAAGCUAUAGAAAAGGAGCUACUUCACUCCAACGACGUUUGUGCAACUAUUCGGAAGUAUUUUGUCUUUGAAGAUGCACCGCUAUCACAGGAGGAGGCAAACUAUCCAUUGUCGUAUGGUCUUCUUAUUUACAAAGAUAUUGUGCAGGUGAUGCUUGAACUUAGUAUUUUCUACCAUCCUCAGAAUGUUUAUUGCAUAAUGGUCGACCAAGGCGCUAAGAGAAAGUUUAAGGAUUUUAUUAGGAAACUUCCAUCAUGUUUUAGCAACAUUGUCACCAACGUGAGUUCUUUUUCUUUAUCUUGUAAUGCUUGUAAACGAUAA